AUGAGGCUGCCCCAGCCAGGGGCUGAGGGAGGGCCUGACAGGCCACCGGCCCGGAGGCACGAGAUGGUGCUGCAGCCAGAGGGGCCUCCCCAGCUCCUGCUGUACGAUGCCACCAGCCAGGCCGCGCAGGAGAUCGCGGAGAAAAUCCAGGAGCGAAACCGCUGCCAGAGGAACGGGGAGAGCACGGCAAAGCUCAACGUGGCCAUCAGGUCGUCACUGCAGAGUCUCAAGGAGAAGAUCGAUCAGCUGAAGGACUUGCUGCUUCGGGCAGUAUCAACGCACCAAAUCACACAGCUGGAGGGGGACAGGAGGCAGAACUUGGUGGACGACCUUCUCACGCGACAGAGGCAACUGCAGGCGUCGUACAAGAAUGAAGGCACAGAGCCAGAUGUGAUAAGGUCUAGCCUGAUGACCGGAGGAGUCAAACGAGGUGUAACCAACCCAUGGCUCCUGGAAGAACCUGAGGAAACCAGGGCACUUGGCUUUGACGAUAUCAGGCAGCAGCAGCGAAGGAUCAUACAAGAACAAGAUGCUGGGCUCGAUGCUCUUUCUUCAAUCAUAUCCCGGCAAAAACAAAUGGGGCAGGAAAUUGGGAAUGAGCUGGAUGAGCAGAAUGAGAUCAUCGAUGACCUCACCAGCCUGGUGGAGAACACGGACGACAAGCUCCGCAAUCAGACGCGGCACGUGAAGGUGGUGGACAAGAAGUCGACUUCCUGCGUGGUGAGGGAAGGAGACCGUGUCGCUGCAAGCUGCAACUCUGCCUUCCGCCUUUCAGAAGAAUGA